AUGCCGCUUCUGGUGGCUCCGAGCAGCACACAUGGAGUGGCCCUGGUAGACCCGGGACGCGCCCCGACCAACGCCUACGAGCUCGUGCCCCAGGAGUCCCACCACACGCCACGCAGCCGCCCCGAAGUGUGUGUGGCCGUCGAUUUCACGAUGUCCAAGUUUAAGGCAUCCUCGCGCCACUCGCUGUACCGCCAGUUCUACGGUGCGGACGAGUCGCCACCGUACGAGAAGCCCGACGAAACAGAUGCGGCCGAGCCGGAAGGGCGCGAAAAAUCCUUCGGUAAAGGCUGGCUCAACAACGAAGCCCAGUGGAACUAUCCUGGGCUAGCGCUGGGCACGAUCCCCGGUCAGCCGCCGGGUCCAAUAGUGUCCGGUUCAUCGGUUCCACCAGCACCGCCACCACCACCACCACACCUCAGCAUGGCGUCCCUUGGUGUGGGGCCGCCUCCAUCGGCACCCGCCAUGCACCCGCCACCGCCACAGCAGCCACCGUUCCACCUGAACCCGACCAGCCUGAUGAGCCUCCGGGAGAUGAUGCUACAGAGUCCUGCCGGGUUGAGCCUGCUCGGUGCCGAUGCCAGCAGUGGGCUGGGGCUGCUGAAGCGCACCAUGCUCGACGCACUCCCGUCCGGCUCGUCGGCCGCCGCCGCUGGCUUCCCGCCGGGAGUCGGGAUUAACCCACUCCCGGCCUCCAGCUGCUUGUCCGCCACGGCCACCACCACGACGUACAGUCUGCCAUCGAUGAUUCCGACGAGCGUUGCAUCAUUAUCGGCGCACCAACGGCCACAUCGGCAACAGAUCAAAAAGGAGCGCGAUGAGUCCGAGCCGGAGCCGGACGACGGCAAGGAUGACGAGGAUGACGAAAAACCGAUGGCGGCCAAACAGCGUCGACCCGAUCGACACCCGUCGCCUCUGCGGCCACCCCACUCCAUAUCACCGUUCCAUCGCGGGUCGCCACCGCCACCAUCGACGAUGGCGGCCUCGGUCUACUAUCACCGUGCGUCGACCGCGAGCCACCAGCCACAUCUAUAUCACCAGCCGGGGGGCGGUGGCCACCCGGUCACAGCCACGACGGUAGCCGCGGCCCUGUCACAUCAAAGGCAACAUCAAAGGGAUUCCGCGGAGCGUGAGCUGAAUUUAAAUGCGAAUACCGUCCGGGCGAGAAACGAGCGCGAACUGCUCCAGCAGUAUCCCGGGAACUACGCCCAGCGACAGGUCCUUGACACGAGUGGGGUCCUUUUCGCCCUCGGCCGACCAGAUGCCGCCUAA